AUGCUCGAAAUUCUUGCUCAGUUCGUUCCAGGAUCCGUCUGGAUCAAAAUUAUCUUCCUUCUUUUUGUCAUAACGCUGAUUGCUGCUAUCGUUUCUGCACUGCAAUCGGAUCUUCCUCCUGGUCCAAUGGGCUUGCCUAUCGUUGGGUGUUACCUAUCACUAUUGAGAAGAGACCAACAUCACGUCUUCUAUGGCUGGACAAGGACAUACGGGCCUCUGAUUAGUUUUCGAGUCGGCUCUGUGCUUGUUGUUGUUGCAAACGACGCUCAUACGAUUCAAGCCAUUCACUCCAACAAUAGGUUGUCCGGACGUCCCAAGUGGCCUACCCUAGACGCUCUGUCGGCAGGAGGGCUCAACAUGGCAUUUCAACCUACAACUAGAAACAACGAUCUGUACUCAAAGCACAAAAAGCUUGUUUGGGACCAUUUCCACAAGUUUAAGAAAAUGGAGCAGGCCAUUACCGAUGAAGGAUCCAUCCUGUGCCGCAACAUCGAACAAAACGGAAUCGGUAAAGAGUUCGAGCCAAGCCGUUUCCUCAAUCUUGCCGUUCUCAGUAUAAUCCAUAGACAAAUAUUCGGCAGACCGUUAGGCAUCGAAGACCCAUUCUAUGAGCAGUUUUUUCAAGCACUCUACCCGGUCGUUGACACCUUACGUUGUACGCAUUGGCUCAAUGUUUUUCCUAUGUUACAGUUUGUACCAGGUAUGGGACGUCGUCGCAUUCGUGAUAACUGUAAGCAGCUGUGGGACGCUUUCAGGCCUCGCUUUCAGCAUUCUCUGAAAACGUUCAAAGAGAACGGACAAGAUGGAUCAGAUUCACUUGUGUCCGACUUUCUUGCAAAUGCAGAUGGUACAGUCAGCUGCCUAAGUUACGAAGAAAUCAUUGCCGGGAAAGAAGAACAUCCGGGUCCUUUCAGCGGGUCGAGUAUUCAAGCAACGUUGCUCGAUACCUUCGUCGCAGCGACGGCUACAACCUGCUCGACCUUCACGUGGAUAAUCCUUCAUCUAGUCGAGGACCCAAGCCUGCAACAAAGAAUACGCGAUGAGAUCGACCAACUCGCCAGACUGGAAUGGUCAAAGCCUAGAGAAGAUCUACCGCUACUAUUCUCGUUUAUUAGAGAAAUUUUAAGGAUGUAUCGCAACGUACCUUUGCCAUACUGUGCCGAAAACGACACGACAUUGAAUGGCUACCGCAUUCCCAAAGGCACUGUUAUCCUACAAAACUCGUGGUCUCUGCACAACAACGAAAGCUGGGAUGAACCUGCCGUCUUCAAUCCAAACCGAUUUCUGGAUACGACACCGUCAGAUACUGCGGAAAAGAACUGGCAACCUUUCUCUUCUGGCCGUCGCAAAUGCCCUGGAAAAGAUAUGGCGGAAAUGGAGCUCUUCCUUCUCACCGCCAGAUUGCUCAAAAAGUUCAAGUUUGAAGCUGAUCCAGAAUGCCCGCCGGAUCCGAAUCCUGAUCCAGCUAGCCGCAUCAAGAGGGCCAACAAUUUUAAAGUUGUUUGCCAAAAAUGUGAGUAGAACUCGACAUGUGACCGAAUGUAUACGGGAUCUAUUCAACGCUGUUACUCUAGACAGUGUUUCUAUGCCUUAUUGCAUGCAUGCGUACUAACCUUUGCCGUGUCUGAUAGCUUACGCUUGUACUUUUGCUAGACUGUCUGUUGAAUGUUUCAAAAUUGAAAGCAAUCUCCCGUA